AUGGUCAUAGGCGCGGAUGGGCCACGGUCUCGGGUCCGCGAAACCGCCAUGGAGAGCGCUGAGAAGGCGGCCGUGACCAAAUUCCCGAUCUUCCACACCAACAUGACGGUGUGCUACGGCGAUGCCGAAAAGGCACGAUUUGUGCGCCAGAAAUUUCCCACGAGCUAUCUGGCUCUGAGCCCGAAGUCGUUCCAUGCUUUUCAGUCGAUAUCCAGCAUGCCUGACGGCCCGGACCAUCCCGAAUCCUGGAUCUUCCACAUGGGCAUGGGAUGGUUAGGCGAGAGCGACAACUCGCUCAGUUACUCGGAACGGCUGGCCCUGAUCAAAGAGCAUGCCGAGAGCCUUGCUGAGCCAACCCGCUCCGCAUUCAUGUGGUUGCCCGAGGAUACUGCUGUACACAAAGCCGACAUCAGCUACUGGAUCAGCCAGCCCUGGAAUAACCGCCAGGGACGUCUCACGCUGAUUGGCGACGCUGCACAUGCAAUGCCGCCCUAUCGUGGCCAAGGCCUCAACCACUGUGUAUGUGACGUAUCACACCUCCUGAAAGGAUUGGGCGGGGUGCGGGACGGCCACGCUUCUUUUGCCGAAGCCAUCGAUGCGUAUGAGAAGGAGAUGAUCCCGCGCGGAAAGGAAGAAGUCUCCUGCGCGGUGGAGAAUGGGUUGAUGCUUCAUGACUGGAAGAAGAUCCAGGAGAGCCCCGUGUUCCGACGCGGCUUUAAGCCGAUGGAUGGACGUGAGAAUGUUCAAGCUGAACAGAUUACGGUUCAUAGUCAGGCUUAA